CGUUAUUUUUUCAAUUUUCAAAUCAAUUACGUUACACUACUAAACAUUAGAAGUAAAGUGAUUGAUUUGACUGUUGUAGUGAAACAAAUUUGAAACGUUCCAGUCUGAAGUGUGUAGCUAACUGCUCGAUAUAACUGUCAAUCUGGGUGUAGAAAUUUAUUUGUAAUUUUCACCGGUUCUCAUGUGUAAUUCCCUUAUGUGUUAGACCAUAUUUGAACAAGGGUUCCUUGCGAAAUAAUGUUCUAUGGUGUACGUGGUGCUUAAAUCAGUGCUAAAAUGGAUGACGGAACCGUGAAGAUCCAGUCUGGGAUUAACAUCAACAUCAAAAGAACAGAUGGGCGCAUCCACUCCGCCAUCGUGUCCGGCGUCAGCCUGGAGACGCGCUCGGUCACCGUCGAGUGGUACGAGCGCGGCGAGACCAAGGGCAAGGAGGUGGAGAUCGACGCCAUCCUCGCGCUCAACCCGGAGCUGGCCGGUUCGAGGCACACGCCGCACCUACAGCCUAUGCCUAAUAAAAUUACCAGGGACAUGACUCGACAAUCCAUCCACCAAUCCAUCCCAGUGCCCACGAAAGCGUCAUCGCGAGCGACGCGCAACAACCAGGUGCGCAUGUCCAAUGCGCCCGGCUACACGAACGGACACGGCGGCGACACGACGGGGCGGCGGGGGGCGGAGAACGUGCCGCCUCCCGCGCAGCCGGCGCCGGUGCCCAACGUGUCGAGAGUCACUCAACAGUUCAAUGCAUCAAAUACGACGAGUGGCCUCACGCGCGGCAACACUGGCGCCGGCGCGGCGUCGAGCACCUUGAACGUGCCGCACGCCGUCGCCAGCGGCGCCGUGCGGCGGUCCAACGUCGUCAAGGAGGUGGAGCGGCUCAAGGAGAACAGAGAGAAGAGGCGGCAGCGGCAGGCCGAGCUCAAGGAGGAGAAGGAAGCCCUAAUGAACAUGGACCCCGGUAACCCCAACUGGGAGUUCCUGGCGAUGAUCCGCGAGUACCAGCAGAGCAUCGACUUCAGGCCGCUCACCGGCAACGAACCCGUCGAAGACCACCAGAUCACCGUGUGCGUUCGCAAGAGGCCACUCAAUAAGAAGGAGUUAACGAAGAAAGAGGUGGACGUGAUCAGUGUGCCCACGCGCGACCAGAUGAUUGUCCACGAGCCCAAAAACAAAGUGGACCUCACCAAGUACCUCGAGAACCAGAAGUUCCGCUUCGACUACGCGUUCGACGACAACUGCACCAACGAGAUCGUCUACAAAUAUACGGCAAAGCCGUUAGUGCAGACGAUAUUCGAGGGCGGUAUGGCGACGUGUUUUGCCUACGGACAGACUGGCUCUGGAAAAACACACACCAUGGGUGGAGAUUUCCAGGGCAAGACACAGGACUGCAAGAAGGGUAUCUACGCGAUGGCGGCGCGCGACGUGUUCGCGUACCUCAAGUCGCCCAAGUACAAGCCGCUCAACCUCAUCGUGUCCGCCUCCUUCUUCGAGAUAUACUCCGGCAAGGUAUUCGACUUGCUAGCAGACAAGGCAAAACUACGAGUACUCGAAGACGGGAAGCAGCAAGUUCAGAUCGUGGGACUCACGGAAAAGGUGGUCGAUAAUGUAGAUGAGGUGCUCAAGCUAAUCCAGCAUGGAAACGCCGCCAGGACUUCAGGGCAGACGUCGGCGAACUCGAACUCGUCGCGGUCGCACGCGGUGUUCCAGAUCGUGGUGCGGUCGCCGGGCAUGCACCGCGUGCACGGCAAGUUCUCGCUCAUCGACCUCGCCGGCAACGAGCGCGGCGCAGACACCUCCUCCGCCAACAGGCAGACCAGAAUGGAAGGCGCCGAAAUCAAUAAAUCCCUUCUCGCUCUCAAAGAGUGCAUCAGGGCGCUCGGCAUGAAGGGCAACCAUUUACCGUUCCGAGCGUCGAAGCUAACACAAGUGCUGCGCGACAGCUUCAUCGGCGACAAGUCGCGCACCUGCAUGAUCGCCAUGGUGUCGCCCGCGCUCAACUCCUGCGAGCACUCGCUCAACACUCUGCGAUACGCGGACAGAGUGAAAGAGCUGGGAACUUCGGAUGCAUCACGACAACGGGCGGAGUCCCCGGCCGCCGACGUGGAGAUGGAGCCGGAACACGACGACCUCGCGCAGCUGCGGUCGCUCAACAUGGUUAUGAUCCAGGAGGGCGACAUGUCGGCCGAGAUGUACACCUUCCACGAGGCCAUCUCCGAGCUGCAGCGCGCCGAGGACGAGGUGCUCGACAACCACAAGGCCAUCUCCGACUACAUGCAGCACGCGCAGCAGCGCUGUCUGCAGCUGCUGCAGCUCACCAGGGCCGUCGACUACGACCAGGACGAGCGCUCGUACUUGGCGCGCAAGCGGCUGCGGCCCACCAGUACGGGCUCGAGUCUCGGCCUUGGCGCGCGAAACCGACGGUUGAAGCUAGCAUACGCCACGCAGUGGGAGGAGCUGCUGAACGAGCAGCUGGCCGUGCUGGCGCAGUCGCGCGACCUGGUGGCCGAGUUCCGCGCCAAGAUGCAGCAGGAGGAGCACAUCAGCCGCCGCAUGCAGCCGCCGCACCACUAGCUUACAACCUUCUGCCGUGCUACAUCUUUCGCGGUCGUAUGACUUAGCCGUUUGUACUGUACGGCCGAGGACUUUGAUCACUGUAGCGUUUCGUACCUUGUAUAGUGAGACUUGAAAAUCGGAACUCAUGAUAUAUUUAUUUGUCAGUCUAUCGCUCGAUUAAGCGAUAGGGGAAAGGGCCAGAUUAUGUGAGGUCGAUGUUGAUAACUAUUUUGAUGUCACAGAUUGAGUAAGAGUCGAUUUAAACGUCAUUUUUUAAUCAAAUUAUGACGUUUAUUAAACACGCGCAAAGUCUGCCCUAUCAAAAUCGUUGUCGACGUGUGCCGGUUUUCUUCGAGAGCGACUUGGUUCUCGCCAUACGAAACAUAGUAUAAAAUAAUAGCUUUCAAAUUGGUUAUCGCCGUAUGAAAGUGCGAAAUGGUACAAAGAUCAAAUUCCUUCACUGUAUAUAGGUCGUUAAAAUAUCCUUUGAAUUCAAACUCUUGGGAUAUUUUGACGAUUUAGCGACUUUUGGUAGCACAGAGUCGCGACGCCGGCGAUCAGAUCUGGUUGCAUUAGUCGGAACAGUAAUACUCUCAAUGGACUUUGGUUUACGAAUUAUUAGGUGACUAUUUGGACAUUAUAUUGAUUUAAACUAACACGAUCUUCACUCAUAUUAUUAAAUUAAAACGGGACUUAAUCGCAAUCAUGACAAUAAUCGCAAUUGAUGACAAUCAAGUGCGGGUAGUUCGAAAAACUCGUACAGCUAGAAGAUGUUGAUACAACUCCCAGCCAGUCUACCCGUGACCACGGACGUAAUGUCAUGUCCGAAACGUCGGGUUAAAUAUAAAACGUAAGUUUUACGCGAUUAAGUCCCGUUUUAAUUUAAUAAUAUUUGGACAUUAUUGCCAUUAUCGACACAGUUACCAAGUCCUUUGUAAACCUUAUUGUUAUAAAGAAAUAGCUGUUAAGGAUUGCUGUCAAUUCUGUGAAAGGAAGGUAGAUUUUUCUAUCAUUGAAAGAUUCGUUGAUUUUAAACAUUUUUUUCUCUGCAAAAUAUUUCAGGAAACGCUAAAAUGGCUAAUAUAAGACUGAGCGAGACAAAAGCGAUACUACAGCUUUUAUGUUGUUUCUUUUUUUUAAUUUAAUACUUGCGGUCUCCUUAUAGUUCCGCUCGUUUUCUUUGUUGGACUGAAAUUUAUAUUUUUUUACUUUCCGUAAUAUUGCCACGCAUAUUAAUUAUUGACUGAUUUUUUUUAUUAUAUGAAAGGUAACAUAAUUCAAUGAAAAAGCCUUAAAACUUAAUGUGAACUCCUAUCAUAAUCCAUAUUUUCAAAAUACUCACCGAGUCUAUUCUUCAUUUCACAGCAUAGAGUUCCAUGGACAUAAUAUCAAAAUUCAUUAUCAGUUUUAUGACUUCAAGGUCGUUUUUGGUUACCAAAUUAUGACAGAUAACAAAACGCAGUUUGUAAAAUCGUGCAAACGAAGCCUAUGUCUCUCAGUAUAUAGUUGUAACUGUGUCUGAUCUCCCCGCGUUGCGCCGGCGCCGCGGGCUUCCGUCGCAUCGUGUAUCUUGUCUAUACUCGCUGGCCGAUACCAGAAUUUCCGACGUUUGACAGCUUGUUAUACUGUGUAUUUUUUUACUAUAUUUUUAUGUGUGUUUUCAUGUAAAGUUUAGACAUAAUUUAAACUUAAUUUAAUUUGAUUUGAAAACUGACCUGAAUUCCAGCUGUCAAACUGAUCGGGCGCUCAGUUAUCGUCCCUGAUCUUACCGUUAUGUAAGUAGCUGGCCUGUUUAUCUUCCAUUUCAUUUCCGGAUGUCGAGUACAGGAAUCUUCUGAGUUUCAAAAUCGAAUCUCCGUCAAUUAUUCUCUCCUUUUCAUUCGCACUUAGUGUGAGUGAGAGUUUGAGUAGAUUCGACUUUGGAUAGCAUAUCUAUCGCUUAUUUUCUAAACGAAAUGUAGACCGCAGUAAAGUUGGUAUUACAAUGCUUUAGAUUAGAAGAUAAGCGGAAGUAUGCAAGUUAAUGUACAAUGACAUUGUCGUAACGGAUGCCGUCGCGUUGAAAUGAUAGACUGUUUACUGUAAGUGUUGAGCACAAACUGGCGAACAACAAACGCGCUGUGUAUAUAUGAUAUCGAUAAGACUCGCGAUCUAGUGUAUAUUGUAUAGUUAUCUACAAAACUUGCUAAGUCAUCAUCUCAUUCAAUCGCAGCUUUUGUAGAUUUAAAUCCACUAGGUUUGGAGUCUAGGGAUCUAUUCCGAGAUACGAAUACAGUUUUAAUCCCUAUAGCAGAUUCCCUGGUGCGUUCAUGGAAAAUGUUUCCUCUUAACAUAAGUUACUUACUCAUUGCAUUUAACUCAUCUAAUGGCCUAUCUCUUAAGAGUCUUACUAGAGAAUUCUUUUUUAACACCUAAAUUACGAUAUGAUUUUUUCAAAAACUACCUAUUUUCAUUUUAUUUAUUUAUUUUCUAAUUAUAUAAUAAAGUCCAAUGAAAUGUAUAUAUUUUGUGAGAUUAAAACGUGCUAAAAAGAAUUCUCUAUAAGAGGAAAGAAUGUAGAUAUAUUCGUAUAAAAAUGUGAGAUUGGGUGAGUACAAAGACCGGCGUGCCCUGUUGUUGUUUUGCAUGACGUUUCCGAUUGAAAUUAUAGUGACGAUUAGUUGCCAGGACUUGAUCUAAAACUUUUUUUUUUACUUAAUUUGGUGCGUUCGAAGGCUGGUGCUUAGUCAAUACGAAUGUUUAUUCUUUUAAAUUUCGCUUUCGAGAUCAAGUUCAAAUAUUACAUUGUCAGAGUGAAAAUGAAUAUAAUACCAGCUCAAAUGUUAUAUAGGAGCCGAGACUACUUAUACGGUAUACGUUAAAUGUGCUGCCUUAUACUGCUUGUUAUUAAUCGUUGUUUAAAGUUAAUUAUAUUCAUAUCAUUGUCAUUGUGUUUCGCUCAUACCACGACAUAAGCACCCAUAGGUGGUAUGUAUUCGAGAGAGGCAUUUUAGAGUGAGAAGUAACCUAAAAUAAUGAAACUGUAAACAGAGAUGCCUUAUUUUUGGCGUAUUUUGUUUAAUUCAUUGUAACAUAAAUUAAAACUCCGCUAUGUAAGACUGGUCUCAAAGAACCACGUAAAAAGAUAUGUACAAAGCAAUAAUAGAUUCAAGAAUCAGUAUUUUGUCGGUCUAAUCUUACUUUCGUGGUUCUAAACAGUGUUGUACUAGUACUAUAUUAAUUGUGCCUAACAAAUGAACUAAAAUCCAUAUGCAAUGUGGGAUCGACGUGUAAAUGGUUGUGUACAGAAUUUAGUGUUAAAAUUCAUUCCGUUGAUUUUUUGGCGUUCCGAUUGGGGUGUCACCACUCGUUAUGACGACGGUACCGUAGGUGUAUUUUGUAUGCGUGCGAUGGGAAUGUAGUUAUGGAAUCAGGGUAAAACUCCUUGGAGCUCUGGUCGAUUGGAUUCUCAAUAUUAUAUAACUAUCCGCUCUUUCGCACAUGUCAAAUGUUCCAAUUAAGGUAUCCCCCUCAACAGAAAAUGCUAAUUAUUCCACCUUUAAUGGAUCCAUGGAGUUUUACCUUGAUAUUGUUUGAAUUAGUGUUUACACUAACUUGUUAGAUGCCCGAUAUCUUACUCAAAGGGCGACUCGGUUACGUUGAGUCCUGCAGGUUGCCAUGGCAACCUGUCGGACGCCACACGGCACGGACGACUAGCGGCCCUUGGCGGAUCUGGCCCUAGCCACGUUAGGACCUAGCUUCAACCGGGCGAGGCAGGUUUAAAGGAAUUACUCAACAUGAGCCGAUGAUAAAAUAAAUUCUACACACAGAUUUCUCUUUUUCUAUUUAACUGUAAUUUAUUUUUACAUGUAUAAAAUACGCUCUGGUGUCAUAAAAAGCGUAAAAUAUAGUUUUGUUAAAAAAAGAGUAAAACUGGGCUCGUAUGUUUAGAAAUCAGGUUUUUCUUUUGUUUGUGAGCGGAUAUGUCAAAAUUGUUUACAUUUUAGCAUUGCCUGCGUCCAUUGUCCAUGAAUCGUAGACUAUGUUUUUGGUUUCUUACCACGGGUGCUACUUCGCUUGGAGCGGGCUCCUGUACGGAGGAACUACAGCGAACAUCAUCCAUCUCCCUCUUUUGAAUUGUAGGUGAUUUUGGAAUUUGGAUGUUCGCGGUAGGUCACCCGAAGGCUGUUGAUGUCGAAUGUCAGCCAUAUUUAUUGCUACGUGUGUGUAAGGAUUGAUUACUCCUCCGUCACGGUUGUCGGCAGCUUGCCGGCCGUCAUCCUAUAGCUUAACGUAUUAGAUAGUGCUUAUUAAUAAAUAAAAAAACUAAAUCAGUACUCUGUAUCAGAGUCACUGCGUUGCGGCGAUUUGAUUGUACUGAACGAAAUCUCUCUUUAUUAUUAUUAUACAUGUUUUAAUUAUUAUUAAUUGUAAUAUUUGCGUUGACUGUUCGCCGGCGGCGGGCUACGACGAGGCAGCCGCCUGAGCAAUGCUUUAUUGUAAUAAACAUAUUUUAACAUCGCACAUUAUAAUAAAUUAAUCGAAAUUGAAA